CUUAUAUUUUUCUCUCUUAUAAGAUAGAUAAGCAUAUAAUUAUAUUCAUCAAUUGCAUAGUGUAAGAAAAAUAAGAAGAUGAGGGAGCCAUAUUAUUGUAGCAAGGAUGGAAGAAACAAGGGUGCUUGGACACAUCAAGAAGACCAAAAACUCAUUGAUUACAUUAAACUCCAUGGUGAAGGUUGUUGGCGUUCACUCUCCAUGGCUGCUGGUUUAGAUCGUUGUCGCAAGAGUUGUAGAUUAAGAUGGUUAAAUUAUCUAAGACCUGAUAUUAAACGAGGAAACUUUGCUCAAGAUGAGGAGGACCUUAUCAUCAAGCUUCAUGCUCUUCUCGGCAAUAGGUGGUCAUUGAUAGCAGGAAGGUUACCAGGAAGAACAGACAACGAAGUGAAGAACUAUUGGAAUUCUUGCUUAAGAAAGAAGCUAAUUUGCAUGGGAAUUGAUCCUAAUAACCAUAAACUCUAUCAUCAUCUUCCCCAUCAAAAAAUUCCACAACAGCCACUAGGGUCUCCUAUCGCGAUUUCAUCUGAAUCAAACAAGAACAAUAGUAAUGCAUGUAGUAGUAAGCCAUCAUUGAAAUCUCAUGGUACUAAUGCUACUAAUAAUGAUGAUGACAUGAAUACUGAAAAGAAUUACGCGAUAGCUUGCACUGGGGAAGAGACAUCGCCUAUGUUGGAUUUGAACCUUAAACUCGCCUUUGAGAUGCCCUAGCAUAUAUUUAUUUUUCUCAAAGAGUAUUUGUAACUUGUAAGGGAAUCAAAAGACUGGUAAUAAGUACAUAUAUUGGAGAUAUAAAAAGAAAUGUUUAUUAUACUCUUGGUAUCUUUGUUAUUGUAUAUCAUAUCAUCAUGUUUGGUGUAUAA